CAUUGUGAUUUCCACAGCCGAGGUUUAUAUUUUUGCAUAAACUCCCAGUUUACAAGUCUUGUUUUUCUCACAUGCAAUUUCCUCAUAUAAUCAUCGCGUUCCAAAGCCACGAAGGUGUCCGGCGCUCUGGGAAAUCUCAGACACUGAGCACCUGAGCUUGAUCUGUUUGAUCAGUUGUCUUUUCAAAUUGGUACGGGAAGGGUAAAUGUUUCAUCACAGUUCCCAGUGCCCAUUAAGAGCUUUUUUUUAUUUAUUUUAAUUUUAUUUGGAAAUACAAGUUCAGGGACUCGUGUAGAGUUUUUUCUUGUGAAUAGAAGAUGGCUAGAGGAGUACAGUGAAUAGACUUGACGAAACAAUUCAGUGCUAAAAGUGAAUCAGUGAAAAAUGGAGGUACUUGAAAAAAGUGACUUUGUAGGGGGUGGUGUUGCACUAAAUUCUACAAUAAUUGGAAGAGCCCCCCAAUUUUCAGACUCCUCCCUUAUUAAAACGAUUGUGUUGAGUUUAAUGGGAUUUGCGGCGAUUGUGGGGAAUUUGGCCACAAUUUGGAGCAUCCGUCGGAGUCGUUCUCUCCGUCGAGUAGCUCUGCACAAUUGUACCUCAAUUUAUCAAUUGAUCACUCACCUCUGCAUUGCGGAUCUACUCGUGAGCUGUUUUUGUCUUCUGGGAGAUGCUGCCUGGACCUAUACUGUUGAAUGGAAAUCAACGGACUUUAUGUGCCGUGCUUUGAAGUAUUUUCAAAUGUUCAGUCUCUACUUGUCCACCUAUGUCCUUCUGCUGAUCGGCAUUGACCGUUGGAUGGCUGUUAAGCAUCCUAUGAAGUCUUUUCGUCUGGACAUUCGAUGGCGUAUUGUUGCAGUUUAUCUUAUAUCCUUGAUCUUCAGUAUACCCCAGAUGUUCGUGUUCAGUGUCAAGAAGGGUCCCUUUACUGAGGAAUUCCAUCAGUGCGUCACUUAUGACGCGUACGAGAGUGGUUCGUGGCAAGAAAAAGUCUACUCCUUGACUACUCUUAUCAUAAUGUUCAUCAUACCUCUGGGUAUCUUGGUGGCCACAUAUUUGGCCAGUUUUAGGGAGAUUGCCCAGAAUGAGCAACUAUUUACCAGUGCUCCCAACACUGUCCUCAAUGCUAGUCUCUACAAGCGACAGAAGCUUCUGCAUCGUGCCAAGAUGAAGUCCUUCCGCAUGAGUGUGAUCAUCAUACUGGCUUUCCUCAUCUGCUGGACACCCUACUAUGUCAUGAUGCUAAUUUUUCUAUUUUUCGAUCCUGGCGAAAAGUUGAAGGAAACUCUUCUGUCGGUUAUAUUUUUCUACGGAAUGUCCAAUAGCCUUAUUAAUCCAAUGAUAUACGGUUUCUUCCACAUCUUACCACGGAGGAGACGUCUUCAGAGGAAUAUACCAAAGUCAGAGCCCACCAUUCCACGGGAAAGCGACAAGAAUAGUUUAAGAAAAUUUUCAAUUAGCUCACUCUUAAAACAACAAGUUAAUUCACAAAAUACGCAAUAACAUUGACGCAGGAAGUGAGCAAAAAUUGUGGUUUGUGCAAAAUUAUGUGUCUGAAAAACUUUUAAAACCGAAGCUAAUGAAAAAAGUUAUUUUUCCUUUCAAGAAGUUUAGUGACUUAACAGGAUAAAUAAAUUUUUUACAGGAGACACUUGUUCGGCCUUUUUUUUACAUAAAAUGGAAUAAAUAAAAGAAUAAUGCAUUUUUCAUUAUAUUUUAUUGUUCGUCGUUUUGCAAUUUAAUUUACAUUUUUUUUGUGAAAUAUUUUAAUGUAAUACAAGUAUAUACAUAAGUUUUUUUUUCUAAAUGAAAAUUAAGUAUCGACUUUGUAAAUACCCGCAAAUUUUAUUGUAAGUUAGAUUUUAUUAAAUGAUAUACAAAGAAAAAAAA